AUGACAAAGUUUCCUCGAAAAUUCUUGUUUCAGUUAUGGAACCCAGCCACUAACACAUUGUCUAACAAAUUUGUUCAACAAUUCCAUUCAAGGUUAUUCUCUACUAGAUUUGCUCAACAAUCCCUUCCGAGGAUUCACGGGUUGUCAUUUGGUUAUGAUAAUUCGACUGAUACUUAUAAGAUUGUGCUUUUCGAGUCAAACAAGUUGGAAAUAUUUAGUUUAUUCAGUAAUGUUCUGAAAAUUAUUAAACUUCCUCACAUGAGUCCUUUACAGAAAUGGGACUAUGAUUCCAGAUGCAGACGCAGGUUUCUUAGUGACGCUGUGUAUUUGAAUGAUACUAUUAACUUGUUGGUCCGUGAGAAUGCUAAGCAAAUUGUGAUUAUCUCGCUCAAUCUGAAUAUAGACACAUAUACCAAGUUUCUUCCCCCUCAAGAUUUUGUUGAAGUUAUACCUAAUUUGCCAACUAUUCAUGUGUUGGAAGACUCUCUCUAUUUUAGUCACCAUACCCAAAAAACCCAUUUUAUAAUAUGGAAGAUGAAGGAAUUUGGAAUUGAUAAAUCUUGGACUCAAUUUCUUAAAAUAAGUUAUGAGGAUUUGGAUAUUCAUAAUAAAUAUGGAUGUUCUCUGGCUCCACUUUGUCUUUAUGAGAAUUGCAGCAUCGCACUAGUACAAGGAGAAACCGAUGGUAGAUUGCAAGUGAUUGUCUAUAAUUGGUUUGAGAAUAGAAUAGAAAAAACUAGAAUGGUGGGGCGAAUGAAUUGGAUGUUUAACCAAAAUUAUGUUGAAAGCUUGGUUCCUACGAGUUGA